AUGGCUGAAACUCAAGGGCCCACGGUGACGACCGUGUCUGUCGUCUUCGGCGUCAUCACUAUUUUGACGAUAUCGUUGCGAUUAUUCGCCAGGAUCCACAUCACAAAGUCAUUCGGACCUGAUGAUGCACUCAUUAUAAUUGCUGCUUUACUGGCAUGGGCCUUUAUCAUCGCAACUAUACUUGCUGUCAACCAUGGACUCGGAUCCCACAUGCAAGAUGUGAUGCUCCGGGGCACGGACAACCUCAUAUCGUACUCACAGAUAGUGUGGCUGUCCUCGAUCUUCUACAAUGCCUGCCUAGGCUUCGUCAAGACCUCAGUGCUGGCACUUUACGCACGUCUUGGUGACCGCAACCUUCGACGGCUAGCGUAUGUCAUUGUCGGCGUUGUGACCUGCCAGGCCGGCGCCAAUGUCAUAGUUUGCAUCUUCCAAUGUUCGCCUGUCCAGGCUGCCUACGAUCUCAACAUCACGAAAAAGACGUGCGUCAACAUCAACGCCUUCUACCUGGCCAAUGCCGCCGUGAACAUCUCGACAGAUUUCUUGACGUAUACGUUGCCCAUCAAGAUGGUUUCCAAGCUGCAAAUGCCCAAGCGCCAGAAGAUCGGAUUGGGUGUGAUGAUGUCCCUGGGAUUUUUCGCUUGCUUGUCAUCGAUCAUCCGGAUCACCUACAUCCCGCAAAUGCUCGCGGCGGACGCCGACGCAACCUGGGUCAUCUCAGGAGCCAUGUAUUGGUCCGCCAUCGAAACCAACGUCGCCAUCCUCGCGGCAUCGAUUCCCUCCUUCAAGGCGCUCGCCAAGCGCUACGCCCCAGCCCUGCUGGGCAGCUCGAACCGCGGCGGGUCGGACUACAAGCUCGGCGGCGGCGGCCACCCCCACUCCGCGGGCGCCGGCCGCAGCCUGAGCACCAACAAGCUGUCGAGGUUCCACAUGAUGGACAAGAGCCGCAGCGGGCGCGAGGUCGACAUCCACGCCAGCGGCGACCGCAGCGGCGCCGAAGACGACGGCACCGCCAAGCCGAGCCCGCUGCGCGUCGACACGCGCGUCAGGAACCACGGCCAGGGCAGCCCGUACAACGUGGAGGACAACAGCAGCGAGGAGGCGAUCUAUCUCAAGCGCCAGCCGCCGCCCUCGGGCAAGAUCGGUGUCAGGACGGACAUCGCUACGUUUUAUGAGGAUGCCUGA